UCUUGAGUUUUUCCUUGCGGAGGAAGACGGGAAAAAAAUUUAGGUGCUAAUACGACCUCCAUUUGGGUCGUGUCGAGGCCACGGAGAAACCGGAGGCAGCGAGGGAGAGAGACGGGUCAAGAAUGGCAUUCUCGAUGAUUUCUCGUUAUUAAUGUUAAAGAAGGAAACAAAUUUUAAAACCUAUUGCAACGAUUCGAAUUGCAAGCUUUAGUUAAAUUAGGGUGACGGAAACGGUUGUUGAAGUAAGAGUUGAAUGUGAUUUUGAUUUGGUAGGUGGAAUUGGUGGUUUAUAUGACGAGAUUGGAGCUGAUUGAGGCAAAUUGGAUGGAGGAAGAGGAGGAUAGGAUCUUGUUGAGUAGUUUGGGGGUCACGUCUGCAAAUCCUGAGGAUAUCGAACGGGAUAUCUUAGCCAAGGCGGAAAAUUAUGCUGGGGAUGGUAGUGAAGUAGGAGGGAGCACUGAGGAGGAACCUACUGGAAAGUCCGAAAGCAGUGACCCUUCUCCAUUAGCCAACCAAGCAAAACUCUUGAAUAAAUUGAGGGCCAUAGAAUUUGAGAUAGAUGCUGUUGCAUCGACUGUUGAAGAGGGGAGAAAUGUUGUGAGUGGUGAUGAUCGAGCUGAUCAUGAUGAUGAUGAUGAUAGCGCGAAGAAAGGGAAUAAAGAGGAUGACGAAAGUGUUAUGCAUGUGUCUUCACUUGAUUUGACCCUUCAGCAUGCCCUAGCUACUGAUAGACUGAAGAGCCUUAAGAAAACUAAGGCUCAACUUGAGAAAGAACUGUCUGGUUUACUUGUAGAAAGUUCGUCUGAGGGCAUUAAGCAUGACAAGUUGAUAAAGGACCUGGUGAAGGAAGAGCCUAGACCAAAGAGAAAGUCAAAAGAAAUUCAGAAACCCAGCAAAAAUCAAGAAAAGAGGAAGAAAACAGUUUCCUUUAAUGAUGAUGUUGAUUUUGAUGCAGUGUUGGACGCCGCAUCUGCUGGAUUUGUAGAAACGGAAAGGGAUCAACUGGUGCGGAAGGGAAUUUUAACUCCUUUUCAUAAGCUUAAGGGCUUUGAGCGUCGUCUUCAACAGCCUGGAACAUCUGAUGGGCACAGUAUACCUGUUGAAGAAGACGAGAAUGAUACUCUUGUUUCUUCUAGUGUUGCUAGAGCUGCAAAGUCAAUAUCAGAGGCUGCACAGGCUCGGCCAUCAACCAAACUACUUGAUACUGAAGCUUUGCCAAAGCUUGAUGCACCCACCUUUCCUUUUCAAAGGUUAAGAAAACCUUUUAAAUUUCCUCAAACUAAAGAGGUAGAGGAGAAUAAAGGUUUGAAACAGAAAAAGAAGAGGCCUUUGCCUGACAAGAAAUGGAGAAAGCGCAUCUCUCAUGAGGAAAGGGAUCUGGAAGAGGGAGAAGAUGAGAGGGAUAAGUUCACUUCUCAUGAUGAAGAAGAAAACCAAGAGGACUGGGAGGAUAUGGAUGAUAGUGAUCCUCCUUAUGUUACACUUGAAGGUGGGCUAAAGAUCCCUGAAACCAUUUUUAGUAGACUUUUUGACUAUCAAAAAGUGGGAGUGCAGUGGUUGUGGGAACUGCAUUGCCAAAGAGCAGGUGGGAUUAUAGGGGAUGAAAUGGGUCUUGGCAAGACCGUCCAGGUCUUGUCUUUUCUUGGAGCAUUACACUUCAGUAACAUGUAUGAACCAAGCAUUGUUGUCUGCCCUGUAACACUCUUGCGACAAUGGAAAAGGGAGGCACGAAGAUGGUAUUCAAAAUUUCACAUUGAGAUACUACAUGAUUCUGCUCAGGAUCCUGCUUAUGAGAAGAGUCAAGCCAAAUCUCAUGGAGAAAGUGAUCAUGAAAGUGAAGGUUCACUUGACAGCGAUUAUGAGGGAAACUUUUCUUCCAAAAGCAGAAAAAAAUGGGAUUCUUUGAUAAAUAGAGUUUUGAGAUCAAAAUCUGGGUUGCUAAUUACAACUUAUGAGCAACUCCGGUUGCUAGGGGGAAAGUUGCUUGACAUAGAAUGGGGUUAUGCGGUUCUGGAUGAAGGACAUCGAAUCCGAAAUCCAAAUGCUGAAAUCACUCUGGUUUGCAAACAGCUUCAGACGGUUCACCGUAUAAUAAUGACUGGUGCACCGAUUCAGAACAAGCUUGGUGAACUGUGGUCAUUAUUUGAUUUUGUUUUCCCUGGAAAGUUGGGUGUCUUACCUGUAUUUGAGGCAGAGUUUGCUGUCCCUAUAUCUGUUGGUGGAUAUGCCAAUGCUUCACCAUUACAAGUAUCCACAGCCUACAGGUGUGCUGUUGUCCUCCGUGAUUUGAUCAUGCCUUAUCUCCUCCGGCGCAUGAAGGCUGAUGUGAAUGCCCAACUGCCUAAAAAGACAGAACAUGUACUUUUUUGCAGCCUUACUGCUGACCAAAGAUCUGUUUAUAGAGCAUUUCUUGCUAGCUCAGAGGUGGAACAAAUAUUGGAUGGGAGUAGAAAUUCUCUAUAUGGAAUUGAUGUGAUGCGCAAGAUCUGCAACCACCCUGAUCUGCUUGAGAGAGAUCAUUCCUGCCAGAAUCCAGACUACGGAAAUCCUGAACGCAGCGGGAAAAUGAAAGUUGUUGCCCAAGUGCUCAAGGUUUGGAAGGAGCAGGGCCAUCGUGUUCUUUUGUUUGCUCAAACACAGCAAAUGCUUGACAUUCUUGAAAAUUUCUUAAUUACUAGUGAUUAUGACUAUCGAAGAAUGGAUGGACAUACUCCCGUAAAACAGAGAAUGGCCUUAAUAGAUGAAUUCAAUAACUCUGAUGAUAUAUUUAUUUUCAUUCUGACAACAAAAGUUGGUGGUUUAGGAACAAAUUUAACAGGUGCAGACAGGGUGAUUAUCUUUGAUCCUGAUUGGAACCCAUCGACAGACAUACAGGCGAGGGAACGUGCUUGGCGUAUUGGCCAGAAAAGAGAUGUAACCGUAUACAGAUUGAUUACCCGUGGAACAAUUGAGGAGAAGGUGUAUCAUCGGCAAAUUUACAAGCAUUUUCUUACAAAUAAGAUAUUGAAGAACCCCCAGCAGAGAAGGUUCUUUAAAGCUCGAGAUAUGAAGGAUCUUUUCACCCUGAAUGAUAAUGGAGAGAAUGGAUCAACUGAAACAUCUAAUAUAUUCAGCCAGUUGUCUGAAGAUGUAGAUAUUGUUGGUGCUCAGACAGAUGAGCAGGAUAAGCAGAAACAGUUGAAAGCUGCUACUCCUGAUGCUGAUCCUGCUGCCAGUGGAAAAGGAAAUUGCUCAAAUACUGGUCUUUCAAAGAGAAAGGGAAAGGAAAAGGAAAAAGAUGAUCAUAGUGAUGGUGAAGUAGAUGAAGAAAAAAAUAUUUUGAGAAGCCUUUUUGAUGCCCAAGGGAUACAUAGUGCGGUGAACCAUGAUGCCAUCAUGAGUGCCCAUGGUGAAGAGAAGAUGAGGCUUGAGGAACAGGCUUCACAGGUGGCACAAAGAGCAGCAGAAGCACUACGCCAGUCACGAAUGCUUCGAAGCCAUGAUAGUAUUUCUGUUCCAACUUGGACUGGGAAAUCAGGAGCGGCCGGUGCACCAUCAGCAGUUCGUAAGAAAUUUGGAUCAACUUUGAACUCCCAGUUAGUAAAACCCCCAGGUGAGUCGUCUAGCAAUGGCAUUGCAGCUGGGGCAGCUGCUGGGAAGGCAUUGUCUUCAGCAGAAUUGCUAGCUAGAAUUCAAGGAAACCAAGAAGAAGCAGUUGGUGCUGGGCUGGAACAGCAGUUUGGAUUGUCUUCGAGUUCUUUUAACAGGGCAAGAUCUGUAGUUAAUGGGACUACUAGGUCAUCUUCUUAUGUAUCCAGUGUGCAGCCUGAAGUAUUGAUACGUCAGAUAUGUACAUUUAUACAACAAAGAGGUGGCAGCACUGAUUCAGCCAGCAUUGUGGAUUACUUUAAAGACAGAAUACCCCCAAACAAUCUGCCUUUGUUUAAGAAUCUAUUGAAGGAAAUUGCUAUACUAGAGAAGGAUCCAAAUGGAUCAGUUUGGAUUCUAAAGCCAGAGUAUCGGCAGCAGUAAUUUGUUUAUCCAGAGAUUUAUUGCUUCAACAGGGCUCCUAGUUUACUUCCUUUGAACUCAUUCUUAAGGCCACACACCAAUCCUGCCCAAGUGGUUUAAAUUUUGUCUUCGGAGCUGCGGCCAGUUUCAUUUAGGGGGAAAAUGGAAAAAGGGAAGAGUUUAGUCUAUAAAUUUUUGGUGCCCUUGUUUGCAGCGCAUUUUUACAAGCACAAUCCCCUCUCAGCGUAUAGCGUAGAGUUUCACUUGUUUGAGGCUUUUUACUUUGCUGGACCAUGACAUGACCUUCAUGGUUAGCUCAAAACGCAUGAAAAAAAUGUACCUUUUUUUUUUGGCCUUAAUGAGGCGUGCAUAUAAUUUAAUUGAUUUUUUUCCUCGACUAUUUUCGUCAAUAUGCACUCAUUGGAUGCCC